AUGAAGACAAAAGCGGUGACAAUGUAUUGGUUUUGUUGGACACAAGUGUUGAUAGGGUUUGCGGCGGUCGUCGGCGGACAAGUGAUGGGUCCGCGGAUGGGAUCAGUUGGCGACCGGGAGCUGGACGUAGUGGUGGGCGGCGGCGGUGUCGGGCAGAUAGUGGGCAGCCAUUUGGCACAUCACGGCAAGUGUGAGCCCAUAACCAUCCCGUUGUGCAAAGACCUCAAAUACAAUGAGACAAUACUUCCCAAUAAUCUGAAUCACAUGAAACAAGAGGACGCGGGUCUGGAAGUGCAUCAGUUCUUCCCACUCGUGAAAGUGCAGUGCAGUCCCGAUCUGCAGAUGUUCUUGUGCUCGAUGUAUGCGCCCGUCUGUACCAUUUUGGACAAACCCCUCCUCCCGUGUCAGUCGUUGUGUCAAUCGGCCAAAAAGGGUUGCGAACUACUCAUGAAUAAGUUCGGCUUCAAAUGGCCGGAACCGCUCAACUGCGACAAGUUUCCCACCAAUGAUGACAAAAGGCGUGGAGUCCUGUGCUUCGGUCAGGACAGCGACCAGUCGUCCGAUGGCUUGUCGGGCGGCGGACCGUAUAAGACGUUCCCCAACACCGCUUCCACGAAACCGUUCGGCAAGAACUCGAACACAACCAUAAGCCGCGACUUAGGCUUUGUCUGUCCCGUCAAUUUCGUGACGCCUCCCGGUAUGGACUAUGUGUUCCGCAUUCAGGGCAAAGACCACAAGAACUGCGGCGCGCCGUGCGAUGGCAUCCUCUUCAACAAAGACGAGCGACGGAUCAUCCGUUUGUGGACCGGUUUGUGGGCCAUCCUGUGUGUGGUGUCCACACUGUUCACAGUAUUGACAUUUUUCAUAGACACCAAACGCUUCCAAUAUCCCGAGCGACCCAUCAUUUUCUUAAGCCUGUGUUACUUCUGUGUCGGCGUUAUUUACAUAUUCGGCUUCGCUUUGGGCGACUCCGUGGCCUGCAAUCAGCCCUUCCCGGCGCCCGACGGCCAGACAAACGUCCAAAUGAUUCGUACGAUCACUCAGGGAAACAAGAAGGAGAAGUGCACUCUUCUCUUUAUGACGCUAUACUUCUUCACGAUGUCGUCAGCCAUUUGGUGGGUUAUACUGACCAUCACUUGGUUCCUGAGCGCCGGACUCAAGUGGAGCCACGAAGCGAUUGACAACAAUUCUCAUUACUUCCAUCUGAUGGCGUGGGCGUUGCCCGCCGUCAAGACAAUCACCGUUUUAGCGAUGAACAAAGUGGAGGGCGAUGUGUUGAGUGGUGUCUGUUUUGUGGGCCUCUGGAACCAGUCGUAUUUGGCCAUCUUUGUGUUGAUACCACUGCUGGUAUACCUAAUAUUGGGCACAUUCUUCCUGACGGCCGGCUUUGUCUCGUUGUGGAGAAUCCGGACACUCAUGAAAAUGGACGGAACCUUCAAAACGGAUAAACUGGAGAAACUGAUGCUCCGGAUCGGCUUCUUCUCCGUGCUAUACCUGUGCCCCGCAAUCCUACUGUUGGCCACCUAUUACUACGAGCACAACAACAUCGACUCCUUUCUGCUCUCGUGGCUCAACGAUGUCUGCCAUAAGCCGGAGUUCGGUAUCCCGUGUCCGGCGCCCAAAGCCGACAUCAAGCCUUCCAAACCAUAUCUAAGCGUAUUUCUAAUUAAGUACAUCACAUGCCUUAUGCCUGGAAUCACGUCCGGCUUCUGGAUCUGGUCUGAGAAGACAUUGAGCUCAUGGGCUCAUCUGUUUAGGCGAAUGUUUUGCCUCAAAACCAGAACCGAAGCCUAUGUAUAG